AAAAGGUAGUGCACAAAACCCUUUCUUUGCUAAGCUCACCGCAGGUAAUUUCCUCUGAGGAUGAAUAUGAAAAUGCUGUGAAGAGUUGAAGCUGGAACUUCGAAAUAGACAAAGUAUUAGUCCCUGGCACGCUCUCAAGGCCAAGUGCGCUUCUUGUUUAAAAGUAGGGAAACUAGACACUUGCUUGCCAGCGGCGACGCCCUAAAGAAAGCAGUAUGGUGUUGGAGGUUAGGAGUCUGAGAAAGGCAGUUGUACCUUCUACUCUAAUUGAGAAUCCUUCACCUGGAAAUCUCCAGUCCACCCGCCUUGCUCUCCAUGUUAAUGAGGAUGGCUCCUCUUGUUUGGUCUACAUUGCCUCUGGUUGUCACGUGUACAAACUCCUGAUUCCUAUGGACAAUUCCUCUGUCAGUGAAGGGAAAGAAAGCCUCCUCAUUCCUGUACAGACACAGCUCAUGGACUCUUCAUUAGUUAAUCGCUGCCCUCAUCGGUCAGAAAUUCAGAGUAUAGUGCUCUCCGAAACUGAAAGCCCUGGUCACUUGGUGUUGGGAAGUGUGGAUGGUUAUGGACACCUUAUUGUGUCCAGACUAGAUACCAGUGGUAACGAUAUUGAUCAGCUUUCUUAUUCAGUAUUACCUCGAGAUUCUGGUGUUGGAGAAAGCAGUUGGGCAGGCCUUUGCUUCAGUCGAAGUCAAUGGUCCAUGGCAGCUGUAGCAAGUAGCUUUUGCAAAAGCAUUGAUGUUUAUGACCAAGACAUCCAUGUGCGCACUUUACGUACACUCUGGUACCCAUCCUCAUUGAACUUUUUGGAGAGUUCGGGCAAUGGAAGUGAAGAUUCUAUACUAGCUGUUGCUGAGGGCUGCCAGCUCACACUAUGGGACUUGAGAAUGAAAGAAAAUGGUGGUUGCCUACAACGAAUUUCUGGUUCUAUUGGUGAUAUUUUCUAUGCUGUGUGCAGUUCCUCAACCGGUAAUGUUGCAGUAGGUGGGGCUGAUCGUACUGUGACCAUAUAUGAUCCUCGCAGAUGGUCGCCAAUUUCCAGAUGGGUGCAUUGCUCAAAAUAUGAGAUAACCGGACUUGCAUUCUCAUCGCUUGACCCUGAUUACAUCUAUAUCCAAGGGGUUGAUUAUGAGGUCCUUUGUGGGCAGCGGAAAGAAUGCAAAAAGGUCUUUUCAUUUAGAGGAGAUUCAAACUGGCUUGGGUUCAGUAAGUGUUGCGAUAGGGAUGUAGUGGGCGGUUGGUGUGAUUCUGGUAGCAUCUUCGUGGCUGACGUUGGAGUUAACGAGAGUGAAAUAAACAUGGUGAUAGAUCCUUGAAAAUGUGUGCGCUUUGAGGUUGUGCUUAUGUGUUCUCAUCUAUGGGGUUGGAUACUGCUGCUUAGGCAUCAGGGUUGUUUUUUUAGCAGGAACACUAGUUACCGUUUCUCCAAGCAGCCAUUUGAUAGUCCAGCCAAGCCACCAAUUAACUUCUUCAACAGGUUGAUUUCUCGAACACGGCAUUCACCUCGGAUUUAGGUUUGACCUUCCAUGUUUGGAACUGGGUAUGCUAGAGUAGGAACUGGGGCAUCAAAUAUUACCUGUAACUUAUGUACCGCCUAAUUUACAGUUUUGCAGUUUGAUUCUGACAGAAUGCAAGUGCCGCAGCCUUACCUCGGCUGCAAAACCGACGUCAGCCAUGAAUUGACAAAUCUUGUUUCUUGAUAAGCGAACUGGUACGACUCUUAAGCCGCAUGGGUAUGCAAUGAUCAUCAGCUUAUUAUUAAGAAUUAA